GAGCGGUAAACGAUGAACGUGCAGACGAGGCACCCUUACGAGGGUUUGCUGCACAAGUACACGAACGCCAUGAAAGGCUGGCAGUACCGUUGGUUCAUCUUGAGCCCGGAGACCGGCGAGCUGCACUACUUCCUCAGCGAGUCUGAGAAGAGUCAGAGGCCACGUUGCUCGAUUUACCUGGCCGGUGCUGUCAUAGCCCCCAGUGAUGAGGAUUCGAACACGUUCACCGUCAAUUCUGCCACUGGUGACAUGAUCAAACUGCGGGCCACUGACGCGCGAGCACGCCAGGAAUGGGUGGACAAGCUGCGAGCAGUCACGGAGAUGUAUACCAGAGCGAUAGCCAGCAGUCAUCCCCCAUUACCGCCGCGUGAGCAUUCUGGCAAUUCGAGUAGGAGCCCUGUCGUCAAGCUGGAGGUGUUGGACGCCUUUGCCAACUGCCAGGAACAACUGAGGAAGGUGGAGAAGCACAAUCUUGCCCUGGCGCAGUCCAUCGAGAACUCGGAUCUGCAUCUGGACUCGGAUCUCUUGGUUCUUAAAGCUAUGGCGCACACCACUUUGCACACACUGGGCCAAUGUCUCAAUAUAUUAUAUCAGUAGGAAGCUGAUCGUA